CUCUACAACAAAUCAAGCUUCCUUUAAACUCAAACCCCAACCACUCGACCAUCUAAUUUUCACCACCAUUGCCAAAAACACAAGAGCUUCUCCAUUAUAAUUAAUGGAGCUGUUCAACAAACUCUUCCCCACCCUCUCUUCUUAUUCCUCCCCUCUCCUUCCCCCUCCUCCUCACCUCCGACCACUCUCCGAUGGGCAACGUCACCUCCGUAUCCGGCGUCGGUAAAGUCGUCCUCUCCAAUGGUUCCAUUCACGAAUUCAACGAGCCCUUGACAGUGGCCGAGCUCAUGCUCGAACACCCACGUCACGUUGUCGUCGAGCUCCGCUCGAGUACCGUCGCUGAAAAACGGCCUACUCCAUUGCCAGCCGACCUAAAGCUCGAUUUGAAAAAGGUUUAUAUGAUGCUACCUAUAAGAGGAGGCAAGCCAGUGUCAUUGUCGUCCGAGGAAAUCCGCCGCGUUCUCCUCUGCGCCAACUCGGCUUUACGGUCGCGCUCUCUCCUCCUAUCUUCUUCCAAGGUUCUUCCUUGGUUGGCAAGAGCACGCUCGACAACAACAAGGGCAGUCGGAGUGGAUGUUAAAAAGGAAGAUUCCACGACGAUCGGAGAGGAAAUGAGAUGGGAAACCGAGAUGGCGAUGGCGACCGAGGGGAGGCCGGAGUAUUUGAGCAGACAAUUAUCCGGCAAAGCUUGGAAACCAAGCUUGGAUACAAUUAAGGAGAAGAAAUUUGAGAAGAAACUUUCUCAUUGGUUGUUCAAAUUUUAAAGGCAUUUGGAAGACACCAAGCUUUCAUAUAUUAUCCAAAUAGUUAAUAUUAUAAUGUUAUAGAACGUCGAGAUCGUGUUAAUCUUGUAUGUACGGUUCUAAUUAGGGGUUUGGGUCGUAUGCCUUAGACGAAGGCCGCCCAGGGUCCACGAUCCAUGCAGACGUAGUUAACCUUGUCGGGUUGGCUUUUUAGAGCAACGUAACCUUCUGCUCCUAUUGAUGAAAGGAUAGCGGGCUAGUUCUCCAUAGCCUAAUCAUACUUGCUAAAGAAUUAGCCCGACAAUCCCGUUUCGUGUGACUAUUAAAUAAAGGGGUAUAUGAAUGAACCGA